GAAUUGUUUAAUGAUCUAUGAUGUCAUAGAGCAAUGGAACUUAAUCCUGUUGUAGUUUAAUAGCAUGAAGUUUAGUAUGUAAAACAUCUAAGCCAUUUACAUUUUUAAAAAACCCUUGGUAUACUGAUAUCUUUAGUUUUUGUACAGAAGCAGAUCAAACACUGAGUUAUUCAACAAAAACUGGAACAUGCCUGUCAGUUUUUGCAAAAAGACUCUUUGAAAACACAAAAUGUUUAAGCAGCAUUAUUUGAUAUCUUUUAUUGAUAAUCAACCUCUCAAGAUAUCUUUUUAAGCUGUGUUUUAAAAUUGAAAUAAUAAACAAGAAACAUUGCUUUAAGUUACCUGGCAUAUGUUAUCACAAAAUUCAUUCUCGCUCAUAGAGAAUGGGUAGCAUUGCACUGGCAGAUCAGAGGCAUUGUUCCACUUACUUUAGUUGACCGUUCAAAAGCAUUUACCUUCAGUAUUAAUUCUGGUACACCAAGGGUUUGAUAAUCUCUAUUAGUCAGAAAAUAUCUCCAAAGGUGCUAAAUGGGCACUGGGUGUUAGAUCUUAUUUCACAUUUUCUUGUUCAACCUUGCUAUAUUUUCUAGAAUUUCACUAAAUAAUAAACUCUUCUCUCUGUUAUUUGUGUGUGUGAUUUUUGUAGUGGAGAAGGCAAAUGCAAAGGCCCUUCCAGAUGACUGAAACAGUGGGGUCCUCUGCAGCUACAGGGGAUUCUAGACAUUAACUAAAGGCCAGCAAGCACUCAAGUCCCCCAAGUGUUUUCCUGGUGUAAUCACUUGUUAACAACAUUUUUCUCUCUUCUUUUUCUUACAUUUUUAGGGUGUUACAGUAAUUUGAAAAACAAUGAGCAGGGUUGGGAACAUAACUCUAUAAUUCUGUACCAAGAAGAUUCUCUCCUAAUGAGUUCUGUUGAACAUCUGUAGAUUUCAUCACAACUAAUUCAAAGGCAUCAUUAAUUGAUAAAACUAGUAAUCUUAAAUUACUUGAUUACAAUAAAAUAUUUUCAGUCCUAUGAUGCAGUCCUUGGCACACAGGUUGUUAAACCUCAUUGAAUUCAACAAGAUUUAGCAGCGUGUGUCAGACUGUACUGUUAAAUCUUACCUUUAGUAACUAUUUUUGAUGUAGAUGUUCAUUUACACAUUAGCAAGGCAGAGGAAUAUAUAGUGUGCAGACAUGUUUGGCAAGCCCUAGUUGUUAGUGUUAGACUGUCCCUGAGUGUAAGCAAGCCUAAUCCUAAUUUCUUUAAAGUGUCAAAUACAUUUUUAGAGUAGUAGUUGUUCUUUUGGUAUUUUGGGCAAAAUAAUAUUUGAGAUACUGCAUUUGGUUCUUGUAUGAACUUUAUACAUAUUGGAGCCAAACUAGCCGAGACAGUGGCCAUGUGUUUAAAUGUGGAUUUGCCCCAGUUUCAUAUGAAAAGGGGAACGGGUAUUUGUCUUUUAUUGCAAAAAGUGUGUAUGGGUGAAGAGUAGAAGAACCCUUCCUGUACCUGCAGCUUAACAGUCUCACAAUCUGUCCCCCUCUGCUUUUUUCCUCCUCUGAGCUCCAGUGCUGAAAAUGUGCUCAGCGCUUGCAGAAAGGGGCUGUGCAGAGUUCUUUUCCCUGGUUCAGCCUGAACUAUAUACCAGGCCCUGCUGAAAAUACCACCCAACAGUUUUCUUCUGCAGCUUAUCCAGUUUCUCUUAAGUGCCCUGUACAUAUUGUAUGUUUUAUGAUGAGAUGCAGUCUUUUUAAAUAUGUAUUGCAGAAACGCUACUGGUAUUUGCAAAUAUAUAGUACAGUUGUCUUGUUGAACUCUCAUAUUGGGGGCUUGGGCACAUUAACAGAUUAAUCCAUACGUAUAGGGCUUUUGCUGUUGGUUAAAAUAACAACAGUCAACACUGUCUCACGUUGGACCUUUUUGUAAGGUUGUUCUGUAUUCAGCAUAGGCAGUGAAAUUAUAACAUAGGCUACAAUGUUGCAGUCCAGAAGUUUCUUCUGAAAUGGCAAUCUGCAGCAGAAUUCUUGGUACAGUAAGCAUGUCACACAAUGGAGCGUGUAUUUUACUACACAGGUAAGGAAUGUGCCACAUUUUAGGUGUUUACAUGAGCACAUACACAUGGACACAUAUGCAGAACCUCUAUUUGGAGCUCUGUGGAGACCUUCAUAAUCAUGUGACACGCCAGCAAAAGCCCUACACUUUUCCUUACCUGCUCUUUAAAUUUUACAAAAUUGUAUGGUAGGUGUAAAAGAAAUCAUAGUGAACUGUACCAUAUUAUUAACCCCUAAAUCAAACUUUUUUUGUCUUGUGUAUCUUGAUUUUUCUGUGUGCUUUAUAGUGAAGCAGCCGACACGAGUCGUUGUUCAUAAAACAGCUUUUGAAAGUUGAGAGCACACCCCUGGAGAACCGACUGUGCUUGCUUACGUUUGGUUCAUGACUUAAAAAUCGAGUACAGGAGUUAUUCCUGAUGAGACUAAGGCUUUGUCUCUCCUGGCACCAGCUAAUGCUGUGGCAGGUCUUCUGCCGGGGGGUGGACUCCUGCCUACACCAAACCCGCUUUCUCAGAUUGGUGCUGUUCCUUUGGCUGCAUUAGGAGCUCCAACUCUUGACCCGACUCUGGCUGCUCUUGGGCUUCCUGGGGCAAAUAUAAACUCACAGUCUCUUGCAGCAGAUCAGCUACUGAAGCUUAUGAGCACAGUCGAUCCAAAGUUGAACCAUGUAGCUGCAGGCCUUGUUUCGCCAAGUCUGAAAACAGAUACCUCCAGCAAAGAAAUAGAAGAAGCCAUGAAACGAGUACGAGAAGCACAGUCUUUGAUCUCUGCUGCUAUAGAACCGGAUAAAAAAGAUGAUAAGAGAAGGCAUUCAAGAUCCAGAUCACGUUCAAGGAGGAGGAGAACACCAUCUUCUUCUAGACACAGACGGACAUCAAGAAGUCGUUCAAGAAGACGAUCUCACUCAAAAUCAAGAAGCAGAAGACGAUCUAAAAGUCCACGACGGCGGCGGUCUCAUUCCAGAGAGCGUGUUAGAAGAUCUAGGAGCACAUCCAAAUCCAGAGAGAAAAAGAAAGAAGAAAAAGAGAAGAAACGGUCAAAAACUCCACCAAAGAGUUACAGCACAGCCAGACGAUCCCGAAGCACAAGCAGAGAAAGACGACGCAGAAGAAGCAGGAGUGGAUCCCGGUCACCAAAAAAGCCUAGAUCUCCUAAGCGAAAGUUGUCUAGGUCUCCUUCACCAAAAAGACACAAAAAAGAGAAGAAAAAGGAUAAAGACAAAGAGAGAAGCAGGGAUGAACGGGAGAGGUCGACAAGCAAGAAGAAAAAGAGCAAAGACAAGGAAAAAGAUCGGGAGAGAAAGUCAGAGAGUGACAAGGAUGUCAAACAGGUCACAAGGGAUUAUGAUGAAGAAGAACAAGGCUAUGAUAGUGAGAAAGAGAAAAAGGAAGAGAAGGCAGGAGAUUCCACUUCACCAAAACGUAAGGAGUCACCAGCUGAGAAAGGGAGUGGAGAUACGAGGGAGUCCAAAGUCAAUGGAGAUGAUCAUCAUGAGGAGGAUAUGGAUAUGAGUGACUGAAUAUUGCCUUUGCAGAAAAACAACAAUUGCUGACAUGCAUCGGUGUCAUUCCUGUGUGAAUCCUUUAUGCUGUACUUGUUUAACCUUUUAAGCUAGAUGUACACAGCUGUAACUAUAACUGGUUGUAAAGCUCCUGAUAUUAAAUAAUUACACCAAACGUUUUAGAUAAAGUGAUAUCUGGGUUUCCAUUCUUGUUAUUGGCCAAAUUGAAUUGAGUAGCCCAGCAGUUCUUAAUGGCUUGGUGCUGCUGUUUUCCUUUUUGAGCAAAAAGUUGCAUGCGUCUUUGGCAGGCAUGGACUGUUUGUGUUGUAUGAUCUUUUUAGUAAACCAACUCACCUACAAUAGUGUUUCUAGAGUUUGAUUCAUUUGCUGUAAUAGAGCAAAAUAGGGAAUGCACUGGCUGCAUGUUAACUGUGGCAAGAACAUCCUCAUCUCCAAAAUAUGGUGGAUCUACUAAGGGUCUUAAGUGUAGACAAAGAAACUAACAUUAGCUUCAUCUGGGAAAAAUGUUCUGAUAGAGUUAGAUAAUCUUUGUAGCCCUGUGGCUGAAACUUUUUUUGUGGAUUUUUUGGCUUUGGCAAGGUGAAAAUGCACUAGCCUUUUUUGAUGCUCAGUCUAAGGUGAACUUUGAGUCUAAACCUUCUCAGGUGGUGUGUUUGAUUUUUGACAACUAAGACUUCUUGAGAUAGUAAUGAAACUUCUGUAUUCCAUAAAUGAGAGAGAGUUAACCUUGUAUAGUUUUUCAGAACCUACAUUUUAUUUCAUUUUGUAUGUGAGUGUGGAAACCCUGCAGAAAAGGGUAGUGCAUUUUAAAAAUUGGACUUCAUGACGAUUUUAAAACAAGUCUACUUGAUAAUGUACUUGAUUUCAAGUUGUAUAAACUAAUAAAUUUGUGUUACAGUCACUGAAGUAGUAAAUUUUUGCACACAGUGAUUCCAUGUUAUGCAAAGUAGUUGGAAAACUUGUUCUUUUAGUUCUGGAAGUUUUUGGAGCAUAUACUUUUGUGCAGGUAAAAACAAAAGUAGGCUACAGUCUGUGCCAUGUUGAUGUACAGUUUCUGAAAUUGUUUUACAAGACUUUGAUAAUAAAACCCUUAAAUAUACA